GGGAAAACUACAGUGAAUUUAGAAGAGGGGGCUGUUGAAGAAGUGUCUAUGUACACAUGUAGUUUAAAUACAUCAUAAUAAGGAAAAUAAUCAGUAAACUAAUAUUCAAAAAACAAUAAACACAUCUUUAAAGUAGAAGCCAUAAAGAUUAAAUAAAUAAUAUUAAUACAAUUAAAUUAAAUACAGGCGCACGUUUUUAUUAAACCAAUAAAUAAAAAAUAAAUGAGAUAAACAUUUCUCUAAAUAGUGAGAUAUUAACAGAAAUAAUGCAACAGUAAAAUACAUUUAGAGACCAAACACUUAUUAAAAUCACACCUUGAAAAUAACAUUUAAAAAUAUCAAUACAUACAAAUAAUUGGUCUUCCUGAAAAGAUAUGUACUAUAUGUACAGUUUCAUUAUGAUCUGGGUUUAAUUGAGAAGUGAUCUGCAGCUCCUCGCACAGCUGUAGAUGUGAAGUAAACACAGGGUCCUGUGGUUUAUGUAAAUGAGUGAGAAAAUGAAGUGUUGAGUUUAAAAGAGAAAGCAGAGGACGUGAAGUGAACACACACACGCGCAUUUUAAAUUACCCUGAAUCCAACGUGAGCAGAAUGACACACACAUCCUGCAGGAUGCGUUCAGGAUCAGCACACACAGUGGGAGAAAGUAGAGCCGUAGCAGGUCCUCUGUUUCUGUGAACAGAGGAGAGGGUGAGCUCAGAGACACAAAGGGCGAGUCACAGCCGGACAAAGAGCUUCAGAGAGUUACAUAAGUGUGUGUGUGUGUGUGUGUGUGAGAUUCCUCUCUUUGUGCUGAGGAGGAGCCACUGUUAACCUUUGUGAUGCUGCAGCUUCAAAGACCCCCUGAAGAGGUGUUAGAAAUACCUUCUGACCAGAACAGGGGAGAAUGUCACCGACGCAGCGUGUGUGUGUGCAGACAUGCAUCACGAUGAGGACGGGGGGGUUCUGCUCCUGAGUCUCAGUCUGAGGAGGAGGAUCUCUACUCCAGGGACGCUUUGAUCCUGCAGGACCAUCAUGGAGGAGCAGCCCGGCCUCCCCAACGUCAGCAUUCCCUGCCACGAUGAGCAGCGGGACAAGAAGAAGCGCUUCACGGUUUAUAAGGUGAUAGUGAACGUGGGGCAGCAGGAGUGGUUCGUGUUCAGACGCUACGCAGAGUUUGAUAAACUCUACAACACAUUAAGGAAACAGUUUCCUGCCAUGAACUUGAAAAUUCCCGCCAAGAGGAUAUUUGGGGACAAUUUUGAACCUGAGUUUAUAAAGCAGAGACGAGCCGGGCUGCACGAGUUCAUCAAGAGGAUCGUUUCUCACCCUCAGCUCUGCACCCAGCCAGAUGUGAGGGCCUUCCUGCUGAUGGACAAGAGGCAGCACUUUUCUGACGCCUCUGAGGACGAAGACGACAGAAACAACUCUACCUCCAGAAACAUUAACCUGGGACCCUCUGGAAAUCCACACGCCAAGCCCACAGACUUUGACUUUCUGAAAGUCAUAGGGAAAGGGAGUUUUGGGAAGGUUUUCCUCGCCAAACGAAAACACGACGAGAAGUAUUACGCGGUCAAGGUGUUACAGAAAAAGGUCAUCCUCAACAGGAAAGAGCAAAAGCACAUCAUGGCGGAGCGCAACGUGCUGCUGAAGAACGUGAAGCAUCCCUUCCUGGUGGGGCUCCACUACUCCUUCCAGACCACGGACAAACUCUACUUCGUGCUGGACUUUGUGAACGGAGGAGAACUGUUCUUCCACCUCCAAAAGGAGCGGACCUUUCCGGAGCCCAGAGCAAAGUUCUACAUCUCAGAGAUGGCGAGUGCUCUCGGAUACCUGCACUCCCUCAACAUCGUGUACAGAGACUUGAAGCCAGAAAACAUCCUCCUCGACCAAGAGGGACACAUCAUCCUCACCGACUUCGGGUUGUGCAAGGAAGGCAUCUCUCAGACGGACACCACCACCACCUUCUGUGGGACGCCUGAGUAUUUGGCUCCAGAGGUGCUGAGGAAGCAGCCGUAUGAUAACACGGUGGACUGGUGGUGUCUGGGCUCUGUGCUCUAUGAGAUGCUCUUCGGACUGCCCCCGUUCUACAGCAGAGACACUCACGAGAUGUACGACAACAUCCUGCACAAACCUCUGGUGAUGCGUCCCGGUGCCUCCAGCUCCGCCUGGUCUCUGCUGCAGGGCCUGCUGGAGAAGGAGGGCCUGCACAGACUGGGCUCCAGAGACGACUUUAAUGAAAUUAAAGCACACGACUUCUUCUCCUCCAUCAACUGGGACGACCUGGAGCAGAAGAAGAUCGCUCCACCAUUUAUACCCAAUGUGAGUUCGUGCUGCGACAUUUCAAACUUUGACCCUGAGUUUACGGACGAGUCGGUGCCGAACUCCAUCUGCUGGUCUCAGGAUCACUCCAUCGUGAACGCCAGCGUGAUGGAGGCGGACGACGCCUUCGUGGGCUUCUCCUAUGCCCCGGCCUCCGACGACUCCUUCCUCUGAGGCGUUCCCAACGUUUGCCUUAACCGUCACCAUAACUCCUUUUGACUAAAGGGAAAAGUUUAUACACUCUUUACUUGUUCUCUGAUGCCAAAGCAGCUGGAAAUAAACAGCACUUAAAAAUGUGGGUUGGAACAAAAUGUGCCAGAUUUUUUAAUAAAUUUGUAUUUAUAUAAAUAUAUAUAACAGAUGAUAUUUUUAAGAAUUAAGGACAGACAUCCUCUAUUACUGUUAUUCAUGGUGGUUUCUAAAACAAGCCUUUAAAAAGCCUUAAAUUGACACUUGAACAAUUAACUGGACCUAAAAUCACACCAUUUGACAUGGAAAUGUGUUGGUCCAUGUAAUUACUGUAUAAAUACACUCUGUGUCUUAUUCAUUUUAACUACGCUGGAAAUAGGGAUUACUUGAGACCGCUGAAUAAUGCAUUUUGGUUCAUAGGUCAGAUUUGUAGAAAACUUCAAUUUCUGUUUGUCUUUAAAUAUUUAGUUUUAUAUUGGGUUGUUUGUUUGUUUUCUAUUCUUUGCCUUAACGCAUUUAUUCAUGAUUGCCAAAAUUAGAAUCCACAAUGCUUUGCUUCGCCUGCUGGCAAUUAAGUAGGUUUAUAUUCCUGCAGAUUAAUUAAAAAAAUAUGAAAGAAAA